UGUGGUGUGUGGUGUGGCGGGGAAGGCCUGGGGCAGCAGGAGCAGGACAACCAGACAGACAGGCCGGACGAGGUACCAGCACCUCGACUUCUCUCCCUGGGACACUGUCCAAACUCCAAGGGCCAUAGGCCAAGCUGAGCGAUGGGUGCUGAGGAGGAGGUGCUGGUCACUCUGUCAGGGGGAGCCCCCUGGGGCUUCCGACUUAGGGGGGGGGCCGAGCAGAGGAAACCAUUACAGGUGUCCAAGAUCCGAAGACGGAGCCAGGCUGGCAGAGCAGGACUCCGAGAGAGGGACCAGCUUUUGGCCAUCAAUGGUGUCUCCUGUACCAGCCUCUCUCAUGCCAGUGCCAUGAGCCUCAUUGAUGCAUCAGGGAAUCAGCUUGUCCUCACUGUGCGACGGGUAGAGGAUGAAGGGCCUGUGCGAUCUCCAUCACCUGGUGAGCUUCAGGUGCUGUCGCCCUUAUCUCCGCUGAGUCCUGAGCCCCCCGGUGCUCCAGUUCCCCAGCCUCUUCAGCCUGGGAGGCUCCUCUCACCUCCUGACAGUGAAGCUUACUAUGGAGAGACAGACAGUGAUGCUGAUGGCCCUGCCACCCAGGAGAAGCCCCGCCGACCCCGCCGCCGAGGCCCCAUGAAGCCUACGCCUCCAGGAGCCCCACCUGAUGAGGUCUACCUGUCUGACAGCCCUGCAGAGCCAGUGCCGGCUGUCCCUGGCCCUCCCAGCCAGGUUGACAGCCGUGUGAGCUCCCCAUCUUGGGAGGACGGGGCAACCCUUCAGCCACCCCCAGCAGAGGCCCUGCUGUUGCCCCAUGGCUCCCUCCGGCCUGGCCCUCAUCUCAUCCCUAUGGUGGGGCCUGUUCCCCACCCAGUGGCAGAAGAUCUUACUACCACCUACACCCAGAAGGCCAAAGAAGCCAAACUGCAACGGGCAGAGAGCCUCCAAGAGAAGAGUGUGAAGGAGGCCAAGACCAAAUGCCGGACGAUUGCAUCCCUGCUAACCGCAGCCCCCAACCCCCACUCCAAGGGGGUGCUUAUGUUUAAGAAACGUCGGCAGAGAGCCAAGAAAUACACCCUAGUGAGCUUUGGGGCUGCAGCUAGGACAGGCGCUGAGGAGGAGGAGGAUGGCAUCCCUCCAACUAGUGAGUCUGAGCUGGACGAGGAGGUCUUCUCCGAUGCCCGAAGCCUCACCAACCAGUCGGAUUGGGACAGCCCCUAUCUGGACAUGGAGCUGGCCAGGCCAGGCUCAGGCACAGCAGAGGGUCAGGGCCCAGGGCUGGGAGGGCAGUUGAGUGAGGCCUCUGGGAGAGGGGUCCAGCUCUUUGAACAGCAGCGCCAGCGCACAGCCUCCAGCACCCAGGAGAUAGCCCGGGAUGGUCCAGCAGCCAUGCUCAACGGGCAAGGCCUGCAGUCACCACCUCGGGCCCAAAGUGCUCCGCCGGAGGCGGCUGUGCUCCCAUCCAGCCUUUCGCCAGCCCCUGCAGCCAGCCCUAGACCCUUCCUCCCAGGCAGUGGAGCCUCUACCCCAGCUCCAAGCAUCUUCAACCGGUCAGCCAGGCCCUUUACUCCGGGCUUACAAGGACAGCGGCCAGGUACCACCUCAGUUAUUUUCCGGCCCUUAGCCCCUAAGAGGGCAAAUGAAAGCCUGGGAGGCCUCAGCCUCGCUCCACCGCCUUUCUUGUCCUCUCCGCAGGGGCCCACCCCUCUGCCCAGCUUCACCUUAGGGGUUCCCAGCCAUGUGCCAGCCUCCGCUUCCCUUAGUACCCCACGCCCCUCGGGCCCCGUGACGGCCACCAGCUCCCUGUACAUCCCAGCCCCUAACCGUCCUGUUACGCCAGGCGAAGCCCCAGAGUCCCUCGCUUCCCCUAGCGGAGCUGCCAAGACCUCCACCGCUUCUAUUUUCCUAUCGGCGCCUCUGCGAUCCGCUGCGCGCCCAGAGGCGCCCGCCCCAGGCUCCGCGGCCCCUGAGCCCCCCAGUGCUCGGGAGCAGCGCAUCUCUGUGCCAGCUGUCCGCACCGGCAUCCUCCAGGAGGCCCGGCGUCGGGGGACCCGGAAGCAGAUGUUCCGGCCAGGAAAUGAGGAGACGAAGAACUCGCCCAACCCCGAGCUACUAUCGUUGGUGCAGAAUCUGGAUGAAAAACCCCGAGCUGGGGGUGCUGAAUCUGGUCCAGAGGAGGAUGCUCUGAGCCUCGGUGCUGAAGCCUGCAACUUCAUGCAGCCACCAGGGGGCAGGAGUUACAAGACGCCGCCUCUUGUGACACCUAAAACCCCGCCUCCAAUGCCUCCCAAGACCCCACCCCCUAUGACGCUCAAGACUCCACCCCCAGUGGCUCCUAAGCCCCCAUCUCGAGGGUACCUUGAUGGGCUGGUGAAUGGGGCGGCCCCUUCGCCUGGAAUCCCUGAACCACCAAGGCUUCAGGGCAGGGGUGGGGAGCUGUUUGCUAAGCGGCAGAGCCGAGCGGACAGGUAUGUGGUGGAAGCUACACCUAGUCCUGGCCUUGGCCCUGGCCCUGGCCCUCGGCCCAGAAGCCCUUCUCCUACUCCCUCACUGCCCCCUUCCUGGAAAUAUUCACCCAACAUCCGUGCCCCACCUCCUAUUGCUUAUAACCCACUGCUCUCACCCUUUUUCCCCCAAGCUGCCCGAACACUCCCUAAUAAGGCCCAAUCCCAGGGGCCCCGGGCAACCCCCAAGCAGGGUAUCAAGGCUUUGGAUUUCAUGCGGCACCAGCCCUAUCAACUUAAAACUGCCAUGUUCUGUUUUGAUGAGAUUCCCCAGACUCCUGGCCCCACCUCCUCAGGGCCCCCUAAAACUGCCAGAGUCCAGGAGAUCCGCCGAUUUUCCACUCCAGCGCCCCAGCCCACUGCAGAGCUCCUGGCCCCCACUGUGCUUGCUCCCCGAGCAGCCACUACAUUGGAUGAGCCUAUCUGGAGGGCAGAGCUGGCCUCAACCCCUGUGCUUAGCCCAGCCCCUCCUCCAGAGUCUCCCAGGGGUCUUGGGGCCUCCUCCAGCUCCUGUGGCUUCCAGGUAGCCAGGCCUCGGUUCUCAGCCACCAGAACCGGAUUGCAGGCUCAUGUGUGGAGGCCUGGGGCAGGCCACCACUGAGCAGGGCACAGCUCCCAGGACCAAGGAGAGGUGGAACAUCCAGUUCCUAAAGUUGAUUCUCCUACCCAUCCCACUCCCUCUUUCAGGUAUCUGGAGGUUAAAUUCCCUUUUCCAUAGUUUUGGAGUUGGUGCCCCAUCCAUCAGCUUCCUCCUCACUCCCAACCUCCCUGUUGCUUUCCAACAUACUAUCCCUGCGUUGCUGUCUGUGCUUCUCUUUGUCUCUGUGUUCCCUGCCUGGCUCUCUGUCUUUAUCUCUAGGUCUCUCACCCAUACUCCUCCACUUGUCUCUAUUUCUCUACUUUGAGCUUUUCUCCAUGGGCCUCAUUUUAACAUUCAAUGAGAAGCACACAGAGCAGAUACCACUGAGACUUCAAGCAAGAAGCUCUCCACCAGGCAGGCAACAAAGGGACUGAAUUGACCUCUUCUUGCACUUAGUCAUUUGCUAUUCCUCACUCUUCUUUCCCAAGCUUGGCUGGCAUAUACCUAGGCAUGUAUGUGUGCAUGUGUGUAUGUGCAAGUGUGUGUGUGUACACACAGAUUUGCUCUUCUGUUUGAGGCAUGAGUAAGAAGAGAGGUCUAAAUAAAGACCCAGUUGGGGUUUUACCCUUUUGCUGAUGAAAGAAAGGACAGAUAUCCCCACAUGGAGUCUAGUGGAAGAAAGAGAUGCACUAGAGUUAAAGACCAGCAUCUGUAGUAAGUGUACAGCAUUUUGUGAAACUCAUAAAGUAUGAGAAGACUUGAAGGGCUAGGGCAGUUUGUUUAGGCUGAGUUAUAUCAGCUAGACCAGGAAUAGAACUGAGAAUUCUAUUCCUCAGGAUUUCAGAAAGUUAGCAACUUGAGAGGCCCAUGCUAAGCAACAAAGCAUCCAGGAAGUGAAAAAAAAGAAAGAAAACUUCCUCUGAGAAUGGAUAAAUCAUUGACUUCAUUGCCUUAUGAACUUAAGACACAAAGGAGGGAGAAAAGAGCCAUGGUGUGGAAAGUGAGAUAGAAACUAGGAGCAGAACAGAAACGAAUGAAAUUCACUGAGCCCCAGAGAGGAGCAUAGUGAGGGAGAGUGCAGUGUUGGCAGAGAGUAAAGUUGGGUAACAAGAAACUAACCAUGUACAAAAGGGGGAUUGGGGAAAAAGUUGAGGGAGAAGCAUGUAUUUGUUAGAGUGAAGGGGGAUGAUGGUGGAGGGAUGUGAGAGUGUGUGCUGAGUGUUGAAAGAACAUUUUGUAUCUGCGCUGCCUCCUUUGAGCCUGUCCCAUUGUCUUCUGCAGCUUGUCCUGACUACCUGGGAAAGGGCAAGGAAACACCCAGAGCCAAAAUCUCUUUUCAGUCCUACCCCAUACCUCAAACUCUAGCUUUUGUUCCUUUCCAGCUUCAGGUCCUGAUCUCUGAUCCUGGAGGGGCAUGGACUCCCCUCUCACCCUGACUUCUACCAGUCACAUUUGCUGCUUGAUCUGGAAAUUGAUAAUUUCCUUUGGCAUAUUGGGUGUGAGUCACAGUACUUUGGUUUGUGCACAAGAAUAAACUUAUGACCCAUACCUUC